UGAGAGCAGAGAGGCGGGAGAGAGACAGCAAGGCUGGCUGAGGAGCAACCAGGGAGAAAAGAGAGGCAUUUACACAUCUCUCUCAAAGAGUGAUCAGUAAUACUUUGAGAGGAUGGCAGAAGGGGGAGAAGGAGAGGAGGAGAUUCAGUUCUUGCGUACGGAUGACCAGGUUGUGCUACAAUGCACAGCCUCCAUUCUGAAAGAACAGAUCAAACUGUGUCUGUCAUGCGAAGGCUUUGGGAACCGCCUCUGCUUCCUGGAGACCACCUCUAAUGCUCAGAAUGUGCCUCCUGAUUUGGCGAUCUGCUGCUUCAUCCUGGAGCAGUCCCUGUCGGUACGAGCCUUACAGGAGAUGCUGGCCAACACCACGGAACUCAAUGAGGUAGGAGACUCGCAGAGGUCAUCUCAAGGAGGGGCCAUCCGUACCCUGCUGUAUGGCCAUGCUAUCCUUCUGAAACACACUCACUCCAGCAUGUACCUCAGCUGUUUGACUACCUCAAGGUCACUCACAGACAAACUGGCCUUUGAUGUGGGCUUACAGGAAGAUUCCACAGGGGAGGCGUGCUGGUGGACCAUUCAUCCUGCGUCCAAGCAGAGAUCAGAGGGAGAGAAGGUCAGGGUGGGAGAUGACCUCAUCCUGGUCAGCGUGUCCUCUGAGAGAUACCUGCAUCUCUCCUAUGCCAGUGGUGAUCUCAUGGUGGACGCCUCCUUCAUGCAGACCCUUUGGACCAUGAACCCUGUGAUGUCUGGCUGUGAACUUGCGGAAGGCUUUCUGACUGGAGGCUAUGUUCUGAGACUGUUCCAUGGUCACAUGGACGAGUGCUUGGCUAUCCCUGCUGCCGAGCAAGGAGACAACCAGCGAAGAAUUGCUCAUUAUGAAGGGGGUGCUGUCUGUAGCCAUGCCCGGUCACUAUGGAGACUAGAACCCCUCCGGAUUGGAUGGAGUGGAGGUCACAUGAAAUGGGGCCAGWCGUUCCGAGUGCGUCAUAUAACCACAGGUCGCUACCUCUGCCUGGAUGAAGAGAAAGGACUGAUGGUGGUUGACCCUGAAAAAGCCAACGCCAAGAUGUCAGCCUUCUGCUUCAGAAUCUCCAAGGUCAGGGAAAAGGUGGGGGUGGUUAAGAAGCGAGAUGUGGAGGGCAUGGGCACGCCAGAGAUCAAGUAUGGGGAGUCCAUGUGUUUUGUACAGCACGUCUCCACUGGCCUCUGGCUUACAUACGCCUCUGUCGAUGCCAAGUCCGCUCGCCUGGGACCUCUUAAGAGGAAGGCCAUCCUUCAUAAGGAGGGCCACAUGGACGAUGCCCUGACUGUGGCCCGCUCCCAGACAGAGGAGUUCCAGGCUGCUCGUAUGAUCUACAACACAGCAGGCCUCUUCACCCAGUUCAUCAAUGGGAAGAACAAGUCAUCUUCAGGCCCCCCGUCUCUGCCCAUGGACUCUGUGGUCCUCUCKCUGCAGGACCUCAUCUUCUACUUCCAGCCCCCAGAGGAGGAGCUGGAGCACGAGGAGAAACAGACCAAACUACGCUCCCUUAAGAACAGACAGAACCUCUUCCAAGAGGAGGGCAUGAUCACCCUGGUGCUGGACUGUAUUGACCGACUCAAUGUCUACAACACAGCGGCCCACUUCUCCGAGUUUGCAGGGGAGGAGGCUGCCGAGUCUUGGAAGGAGAUAGUUAAUCUCCUCUACGAGCUGCUGGCCUCACUGAUCAGGGGGAACCGGGCGAACUGUGCACUGUUCUGUGAUAAUCUGGAUUGGCUGGUCAGCAAACUGGACCGUCUGGAGGCCUCCUCGGGCAUCCUGGAGGUGCUAUACUGUGUUCUGAUUGAGAGUCCAGAGGUUUUGAACAUUAUCCAGGAGAACCACAUUAAAUCUAUCAUUUCUCUACUGGAUAAGCAUGGACGCAAUCACAAGGUGUUGGAUGUGCUCUGCUCUUUGUGUGUGUGUAAUGGGGUGGCUGUAAGGUCCAAUCAGAAUCUCAUCACAGAGAAUCUGCUUCCGGGUCGCGAUCUCCUCCUGCAGUCCAACAUCAUCAAUUAUGUCACCAGUAUGAGGCCCAACAUCUUCCUAGGAACGUGUGGAGGAUCAACUCAGUAUAAGAAGUGGUAUUUUGAGGUGAUGGUGGACCAUGUAGAGCCCUUCCUGACCGCCCAGGCCUUCCACCUGCGUGUGGGCUGGGCUCUGACUGAUGGCUACAGUCCCUACCCUGGAGGUGGUGAGGGCUGGGGUGGUAACGGGGUGGGGGACGACCUCUACUCAUACGCCUUUGAUGGACUCCACCUGUGGUCAGGACGAGUCCCACGUCAUAUUGCCACCCCCAACAUGCACAUCCUAGCCGCAGACGAUGUGGUCAGCUGCUGCCUUGAUCUGAGUGUGCCCAGUAUUUCGUUUCGAAUCAACGGGCACCCGGUGCAGGGCAUGUUUGAGAACUUCAACCUGGAUGGCUUAUUCUUCCCUGUCGUCAGCUUCUCUGCAGGCAUCAAGGUUCGUUUUCUCCUGGGAGGGCGUCAUGGAGACUUUAAAUUCCUCCCACCCCCAGGCUAUGCUCCGUGCUAUGAGGCUGUGCUACCCAAGGAUCGACUGCAUAUUGAGCCCAUCAAGGAGUAUAAGCAUGAUGUCAAUGGUGUCCGCAAUCUGUUGGGGCCUACACAGUCCCUCUCGCACACAGCCUUCACCCCCUGCCCUGUGGACACAGCACAGAUUGUGCUUCCACCUCACUUGGAGCGCAUUCGGGAGAAGCUGGCAGAAAACAGCCAUGAGCUAUGGGCUGUCACUCGCAUUGAACAAGGAUGGACCUAUGGGUCGUUCCGAGAUGACAACAAGAAACUGCACCCCUGCCUGGUAGAUUUCCAGAGCCUGCCAGAGCCAGAGAGGAAUUACAACCUUGCCAUGUCAGUAGAAACACUCAAGACUCUACUGGCGCUGGGCUGCCAUGUGGGCAUGGGAGAUGAGAAAGCAGAGGAGAACCUGAAGAACAUCAAGAUGCCCAAGACGUAUAUGAUGAGUAGUGGAUACAAGCCUGCCCCUCUGGACCUCAACCAUGUCAAGCUGACACCCAACCAGACCAACCUAGUGGAGAGACUGGCAGAGAAUGGGCACAACGUGUGGGCUCGUGACAGGGUUCACCAGGGAUGGACCUACAGCAUUGUACAGGACAUAAUGAACAAGCGCAACCCGCGCCUGGUGCCYUACAACCUGCUGGACGAAAAGACCAAGAAGACCAACAGAGACACUGUCUGUGCAGCUGUCCGCACUCUCAUCGGCUACGGUUACAACAUUGAGCCACCUGACCAGGAGAGCAGUGGUCAUGGGGAAGGUCAUUCUCCGGGUAAGAUCCGGGUGUUCCGGGCUGAGAAGUCAUACGCGGUGACCCAGGGGAAGUGGUACUUUGAGUUUGAGGCUGUGACUGUGGGGGAGAUGAGAGUGGGUUGGGCCAGACCCAGUGUCCGCGCUGACACAGAGCUGGGAGCAGAUGAGCUCGCCUAUGUCUUCAAUGGUUUCAAGGCUCAGCGUUGGCAUGUGGGCAAUGAGCCGUUUGGUCGUAUCUGGUUGCCAGGUGACGUGGUGGGCUGUAUGAUUGACCUGGUAGAGCAGAACAUCUUCUUCACCCUGAACGGAGAGAUGCUGAUCAGUGACUCUGGAUCUGAGAUGGCCUUCAAGGACAUUGAGAUAGGAGAUGGUUUUAUCCCUGUGUGUAGUCUGGCCUGUCUCAGGUUGCGGCUCAACCUGGGCCAGAACGUCAGCAGCCUGCCGUACUUCACCAUCUGUGGCCUUCAGGAGGGCUUUGAACCCUUCGCCAUCAACAUGAAGAGAGACAUCACCAAGUGGUUCAGCAAGAGCCUGCAGUUCAUCCCUGUUCCUACAGAACACCCUCACGUUGAUGUACAGUACAGCAUAUGUGUCCCGUGUGGGAUGGACGGUGACAACGCUCCCUGUCUGAAACUGACCCACAAGACCUUCGGCUCUCAGAAUGCCAACACCGAUCUGUUGUUCCUGAGGCUCAGUAUGCCCGUGGAGUUCCACGAGACCUUUAAAAUCAUGAGUCACAACUCUCUGUUGGAGAAAGACAGGUUCCAACUCUUUGUGAGAAGACAGGUAGUUCAACUCCUUGUUAAUCAUGUUUCUGCUCACAUUCUCUGUGUUCAGUACUAUUAUUCAGUGCGAGUGAUUGCGGGACAAGAGCCCAGCGGGGUGUGGGUAGGCUGGAUCACCCCUGACUACCACCAAUACGACCUGCACUUUGACCUCAGCAAAGUAAGAAAUGUCACAGUCACCGUGGGAGAUGACAAAGGCAACAUACAUGACAGUAUGAAGCGCAGUAACUGCUACAUGGUGUGGGGAGGGGAGUUCAGCAGCUCCCAGCAGACCCGUGUCAGUCAGGAGGACUUUGUGAUUGGCUGCCUUAUUGACCUGGACACAGGACUCAUGACUUUCACAGCCAAUGGGAAAGAGAUCAACACCUUCUACCAGGUGGAGCCCAACACUAAACUGUUCCCAGCUGUCUUUGUCCUGCCCUCCAGUCAGAACAUGCUGCAAGUGGACCUGGGGAAGCUCAAGAACAUCAUGCCUAUUUCAGCAGCCAUGUUCCGCAGUGAGCGUAAGAACCCGGUCCCUCAGUGUCCUCCCAGGCUGGAUGUCCAGAUGCUACCCAGUCAUUUGGAGCGCAGCCCAAACCACUCCCUGUCCCAGGCUGCGUCAACCAAGAGAACGACCGUGAUGAACGAUAUGCACGGCUGGAUGGUGGAGUGUAGAGAGCCUCUCACCAUGAUGGCCCUGCACAUCCCUGAGGAGAACAGAUGUAUUGACGUCCUGGAGUUGUCGGAGCGUAUGGACCUGCUGAAGUUCCACUACCACACUCUGAAACUGUACGGCUCAGUCUGUGCUCUGGGGAACAACCGCGUGGCUCACGCCCUGUGCAGCCAUGUUGACGAAUCCCAGCUAUUCUACGCCAUAGAGAACACCUACCUGCCUGGACCAAUGAGGAGCGGCUACUACGAUCUGCUCAUCAGCAUGCACCUGGAGUCGGCCAAGAGGAACCGCCUCAUGACCAAUAAGGAGUUCAUUGUGCCCAUGACUGAAGAGACGCGCAGCAUCAACCUCAACUCAGACACUGACAAAUCCCAUGCUUUACCAGGGGUGGGCCUCACUACCUGUCUGCGCCCCAAACUCCACUUCUCCCCCACUGGGUUUGUAGGGACAGACCUGGAUAUCUACACCCUCAGCCCCUUCAUCCCCCUACAUGUGCUGAAGGCGAAGGCCCUGACCAUGCUGACAGAAGCUGUCCAGGAUGGUGGUCAAGCCAUGAGGGAUCCUGUAGGAGGCAGUGUUGAGUUCCACUUUGUCCCCAUCCUCAAGCUCAUCAGCACCCUGCUCAUCAUGGGUGUGUUUGAGAAUGAAGAUGUCAAGCACAUCUUGAAGAUGAUAGAGCCCACAGUGUUCAGUGGAGAGGCAGAGGCUGCUGCCCAGGGAGAGGGGGACCAAUCACUGGCCUUCAAAGAACAGGGGUUGGAGGUGAAGGAAGAAGAGGAGGGAGCAGUAGAGAGCGGACAUGAAACAGAAAUGGAGGAUGAGGGGAUGGGUGAGGAAGAUGAGGAAAUGGAGGCAGAGCUGGAGCAGUUGGAGCCUAUAGAAAAAGAGGAAGACAAGGGGGAGGAUGACGGAGAGAAAGUGGAUGGAGAGAAAGGUGGUGAGGAGACGGAGAAGGAGGUGAAGCCUGGAGAGGCAGAAGAACAAGUAGGUCUGGAAGAGGGAUUACUGCACAUGAAGCUUCCAGAGUCUGUCAAACUACAGAUGUGCACUCUGCUGCAGUAUUUCUGUGACUGUGAGUUGCGCCACAGGGUGGAGGCCAUCAUAGCCUUUUCAGACGAGUUUGUGAGCCAGGUGCAGGCCAACCAGAGAGCCCGCUACAACGAGCUCAUGCUGGCGUACACCAUGAGCGCUGCUGAGACRGCUCGCAAGACCCGCGAGUUCCGCUCCCCACCACAGGAGCAGYUCAACAUGCUGAUGAACUUGAAGAACAUUGCGGAGGAUGAGGAUUGUCCUGUGCCUGACGAGGUCCGCGAUGCCCUGCAGGCUUUUCACAAGAACCUGCUGUUUCACUGCAGUGUACAUAUCGAAGAGGAAGAGGUAGAGGAGAAGUUGGAUACGUCUUUCAAAGGACGACUCCUCCGAAUGCUGGACAAGUUGAGGCACCUCCGUAAGAAGAAGGUAGAGGAGGAGGAACCUGAGGAGGAGAACAAACCCAGCACCCUCCAGGAGCUGAUCUCCCACACCAUGGUCCACUGGGCCCAGGAGUCAUUUAUCCAGAACCCUGAGCUGGUGCGUCUGAUGUUCAGCCUGCUGCACCGUCAGUAUGACGGGCUGGGGGAGUUGAUCCGGGCCCUGCCCAAGGCCUACACCAUCAACGCCAUCUCCAUAAAGGAUACCAUGGACCUGCUGGAGUGCCUGGGACAGAUCCGCUCGCUGCUCAUCGUCCAGAUGGGCCCCGAGGAGGAGUGGCUCCUGAUCCAGAGCAUCGGGAACAUCAUGAGCAACAAAGUGUUUUAUCAGCACCCCAACCUGAUGCGAGCGCUGGGCAUGCACGAGACUGUCAUGGAGGUGAUGGUCAACGUGCUGGGUGGUGGCGACUCCAAGGAGAUCAGAUUCCCUCGUAUGGUCACCAACUGCUGUCGUUUCCUGUGCUACUUCUGUCGUAUCAGUCGUCAGAACCAACGCUCCAUGUUCGAUCACCUCAGCUACCUGCUUCAGAACAGUGGCAUUGGCCUUGGAAUGCGUGGCUCCACCCCUCUAGACGUAGCUGCAGCAUCCUGUAUUGAUAACAAUGAGCUGGCUCUGGCGCUACAGGAACAAGACCUGGAGAAGGUGGUGAAGUACCUUGCAGGCUGUGGGCUUCAGAGCUGUCCCCAGCUCCUGGCUAAGGGUUACCCUGACAUUGGCUGGAACCCUUGUGGCGGAGAGAAAUACCUGGACUUCCUCCGCUUUGCUGUCUUUGUCAACGGAGAGAGCGUAGAGGAGAAUGCCAAUGUGGUGGUGCGUCUUCUGAUCCGUCGGCCAGAGUGUUUUGGCCCGGCUCUGAGAGGAGAGGGUGGGAACGGCCUGCUGGAUGCUAUAGAGGAGGCCAUCAAGAUCUCUGAGGAUCCUGCCAGGGACGGCCCCACUGUCAAGAAAGACAGGCGCUUCCCCGGCAUGUUCCCUGGUGGAGAGGGGCAGCAUGAGGAGAACAAGGUGCAUCUGGGGAAUGCCAUCAUGUCCUUCUACUCAGCUCUCAUUGACUUGCUGGGACGCUGCGCUCCAGAGAUGCAUUUAAUCCAGGCUGGGAAGGGUGAGGCGCUGAGGAUCAGGGCCAUCCUGAGGUCCCUGGUGCCCAUAGAGGACCUGGUGGGAGUCAUCACCCUGUCUGUCCAAAUCCCAGACUUUGGAAAGGAUAACAGCAUCAUUGAACCCAAGAUGUCUUCCAGUUUUGUGCCGGACCACAAGGCUCCCAUGGUGCUGUUCCUUGACAGAGUGUAUGGUAUUGACAACCAGGACUUCCUGCUCCAUGUGCUGGAGGUGGGCUUCCUGCCUGACAUGAGGGCAGCUGCUUCUCUGGACACAGCGGCUUUCUGCACCACAGAGAUGGCCCUGGCUCUGAACCGCUACCUCUCUCUGGCCGUGCUGCCCCUCAUCACCAAGUGUGCCUUCCUGUUUGCCGGCACAGACCACCGGGCCAUCAUGAUCGACUCCAUGCUGCACACCAUCUACCGUCUGUCCCGCGGACGAGCCUUCACUAAGGCCCAGAGAGAUGUCAUUGAGGAGUGUCUCAUGGCUUUGUGCAAAAAUCUACGGCCAUCCAUGUUACAACACCUGUUGAGAAGGCUGGUAUUUGAUGUACCAAUUCUCAAUGAAUAUGCCAAAAUGCCACUUAAGCUUUUGACCAAUCACUAUGAGCGUUGUUGGAAGUACUAUUGCCUGCCCAACGGCUGGGGCAACUUUGGAGUGUCAUCAGAGGAGGAGCUGCAUCUCACCCGCAAACUGUUCUGGGGCAUCUUUGAGUCCCUGGCCCACAAGAAAUUUGAUGCUGAGCUGUUCAAAAUUGCCAUGCCGUGCAUAUGUGCCAUUUCUGGUGCCAUUCCUCCAGAUUAUGUAGAUGCCAGCUACUCCUCCAAGACUGAGAAGAAAGUCUCGGUGGAUGCAGAGGGAAACUUUGAUCCCAAACCAGUGGAGACCACAAAUACUAUCAUCCCUGAGAGUUUGGAUGGUUUCAUCAACAAAUAUGCUGAAUACACACAUGACAAGUGGGCUUUUGAAAAGAUUCAGAACAACUGGACAUAUGGAGAGAUGUUGGAUGAAGAUUCUAAAACUCACCCCAUGCUCCGACCGUACAAAACAUUCUCAGAGAAGGACAAAGAGAUCUACCGUUGGCCCAUCAAAGAGUCCAUGAAGGCUAUAAUUGCGUGGGAGUGGACUCUGGAUCAAAUGAGGGAAGGAGAGGAAGCCAAGACUGAGCAAAAGAAGGCGGCUCGGAAAAUCUCUCAGACUGCACAGGCAACAUACGACCCCAGCCAUGGCUACAGUCCCCAACCGAUUGAGAUCUCCCACAUGGCACUGUCAAGAGAGCUGCAGUCCAUGGCAGAACAGCUUGCAGAGAACUAUCACAAUACCUGGGGUCGCAAGAAGAAGAUGGAGCUGCAGUCCAAAGGAGGAGGCUCCCACCCUUUGCUUGUACCCUAUGACACCCUGACAGCAAAGGAAAAGGCACGAGACAGGGAAAAGGCUCAUGAGCUUCUUAAAUUCCUUCAAAUCAAUGGAUUUGCAGUCACCAGGGGGAUGAAAGACAUGGAGUCAGACAUCUCAUCUAUCGAGAAGCGCUUUGCUUAUGGUUUCCUGCAGAAGCUGUUAAAGUGGAUGGAGAUCGCCCAGGAGUUCAUAGCUCAUCUUGAGGCUGUGGUGAGCAGUGGCAGAGUGGAGAAGUCGCCUCAUGAGCAGGAGAUCAAAUUCUUUGCAAAGAUCCUGUUGCCCCUGAUCAAUCAGUACUUUAAAAACCACUGUCUGUACUUCCUGUCCACACCGGCCAAAGUCCUGGGAACUGGAGGACAUUCCUCUAACAAGGAGAAAGAGAUGAUUGCCAGCAUCUUCUGUAAAAUGGCUGCUCUGGUGAGACACAGAGUUUCUCUCUUUGGAAAUGACGCCCCUGCUAUUGUCAACUGUCUUCACAUCCUMGCACGAUCUCUCGACGCAAGGACGGUGAUGAAGUCUGGGCCUGAAAUCGUGAAGGCAGGGCUCAGGUCAUUCUUUGAGGGUGCAGCUGAUGAUAUAGAGAAGAUGGUGGAGAACCUCAAACUGGGAAAGGUGUCUAAAGGCAACCAGCAGGUGAAAGGCGUGUCCCAGAACAUCAACUACACCACCAUUGCUCUGCUCCCAGUCCUCACCUCCCUGUUCGACCACAUCUCUCAGCACCAGUUUGGAGAUGAUGUCAUUUUGGAUGACCUCCAGAUGUCGUGUUACCGCAUCAUGUGCGCCAUCUACUCCCUGGGUACUGUCAAGAACCCUCAUGUGGAGAGGCAGAGGCCAGCCCUGGGGGAGUGUCUGGCCCAUCUGGCGGCUGCUAUGCCUGUGGCCUACCUGGAGCCCCAUCUCAAUGAGUACAACUCCUUCUCUGUUUACACCACCAAGACCCCCAGAGAAAGAGCCAUCCUGGGUCUGCCCAAUGAGGUCCAGGAGUUAUGCCAGGACAUACCAGAGCUAGACGUUCUAUUGAAAGAGAUCGGGGACUUGGCAGAGUCAGGUGCCCGUUACACAGAGAUGCCCCAUGUGAUCGAGAUAACUCUGCCCAUGCUGUGUAACUACCUGCCCCGCUGGUGGGAAAGAGGAGUAGAGAACUUCCCUGAGCUGGAGGGCCAGAUCUGCACCGACGUCACCUCUGAGCAGCUCAACCAGCUGCUGGGCAGCAUCAUGAAGAUCGUCGUCAACAACCUGGGAAUUGACGAGGCCUCCUGGAUGAAGAGGCUGGCUGUCUUCUCCCAGCCUAUUGUGAGCAGGGCCAAGCCAGAGAUGCUCAAGUCCCAUUUCAUCCCUACCAUGGAGAAGCUGAAGAAGAGGACAGGGAAGGUGGUGGCAGAGGAGGACCACCUGCGUAUGGAGGGGAAGGCCGAGGGGGACGAGGAGGAGGGCACCAUCAGGGAGGAGUUUGCUGUGCUCUGCAGGGACCUGUACGCCCUCUACCCUCUCCUCAUCCGCUAUGUGGACAAUAACAGGGCAAGGUGGUUGACAUGCCKAGACCCAGAUGCAGAGGAGCUCUUCAGAAUGGUUGGAGAGGUCUUCAUAUUCUGGUCCAAAUCUCAUAACUUCAAGCGAGAAGAGCAGAACUUUGUGGUGAUGAAUGAGAUUAAUAACAUGUCUUUCCUCACUGCUGACAGCAAGAGCAAGAUGAGCACGGGCAACGACUCAGAGGCUGGUGGCUCAGACGUGGAGCGUACCAAGAAGAAAAGACGGGGAGAUCGUUACUCAGUGCAGACGUCACUUAUUGUGGCUGCCCUGAAAAAGAUGCUCCCCAUCGGCCUCAACAUGUGCUCCCCUGCUGAUCAGGAGCUUAUCAACCUGGCCAAGAUACGAUACUCUUUGAGGGACACGGAUGAGGAAGUAAGAGAGUUUUUGCAAAACAACCUGCAUCUUCAAGGCAAGGUAGAGAACCCGUCCAUGCGCUGGCAGAUGUCCCUGUAUAAGGAGAUGGCAGGGAAGGCUGAGGAUGCUGACGCUCCAGAGAAAGUGGUGAAGAGGGUGCAGGAGGUGUCAGCUGUUCUCUAUCACAUUGAGGUGACGGAGCACCCCUUCAAAUCCAAAAAGAUGGUGUGGCACAAACUGCUCUCCAAGCAGAGACGCAAGGCUGUGGUAGCCUGCUUUAGGAUGACUCCACUCUACAACCUACCCAGGCAUAGAGCUUCCAAUAUGUUCCUGGAAGGAUACAAACGCAACUGGAUCCAUACUGAGGGCUACUCCUUUGAGGACAGAAUGAUAGACGACUUGUCUAAAGCCAUGGAGCAGGAAGAAGAGGAAGAGACGGAGACCAAGCCAGAUCCCCUUCACCAACUCAUUUUGCAUUUCAGCCGUACCGCUCUCACAGAAAAGAGUAAACUUGAUACAGAUUACCUAUAUAUGGCAUACGCUGAUAUUAUGGCAAAGAGCUGCCACAUUGGUGAGGAGGACGAAGGGAGAGAGGAGGUGGAGGAAGGGGCUGAGGAUGAGAUGUCCCUUGAGGUGCGACAGACAGAACUGGAAAAAGAGAUGGAGAAACAGAGACUUCUGUACCAGCAGUCCCGUCUCCAUAACCGUGGGGCGGCUGAGAUGGUGCUGCAGAUGAUCAGUGCUUGCAAAGGUGAGACUGGCUGCAUGGUGUCCUCCACCCUUAAACUGGGCAUCUCCAUCCUAAACAGUGGUAACGUUGAGGUUCAACAGAAAAUGCUUGAGUACUUGAAGGACAAGAAGGAUGUUGGCUUCUUUUUGAGUGUCCAGGCUCUAAUGCAGACAUGCAGUGURCUGGACCUGAAUGCCUUUGAGAGACAGAACAAGGCAGAGGGUCUGGGCAUGGUGUCGGAGGAGGGAACAAACAUGAAGUCAGAACGGGGUGAGAAAGUCAUGUCGGAUGAUGAGUUUACAUGUGAUCUGUUCCGCAUGUUGCAGCUGCUCUGUGAGGGCCACAAUAACGAUUUCCAGAACUACUUGCGGACACAGACAGGCAGCACCACCACUAUCAACGUCAUCAUCUGCACUGUGGAUUACCUCCUCCGACUGCAGGAGUCAAUCAGUGAUUUCUACUGGUAUUACUCUGGGAAAGAUAUCAUUGAUGAGCCAGGCAAGAAGAACUUCUCCAAGGCCAUGACAGUGGCUAAACAGAUCUUUAACAGUCUGACUGAGUACAUCCAGGGUCCGUGUACAGGCAACCAGCAGUCCCUGACCCACAGCAGGCUGUGGGAUGCAGUAGUAGGCUUCCUCCACGUCUUUGCCCACUUGAUGAUGAAGCUGGCACAGGACUCCAGCCAGAUUGGCCUGCUGAAGGAGCUACUGGACCUCCAGAAAGACAUGGUGGUUAUGCUGCUCUCUCUACUAGAGGGUAAUGUGGUGAACGGCACCAUUGCCCGUCAGAUGGUGGACAUGCUGGUGGAGUCCUCCAGCAARGUGGAGAUGAUCCUCAAGUUCUUUGACAUGUUCCUCAAACUGAAGGACAUUGUGGCGUCAGACGCCUUCCGUGAUUACGUGACUGACCCCCGAGGGUUAAUCUCUAAGAAAGACUUUCAGAAGGCCAUGGACAGCCAGAAACAGUAUUCUCCCUCCGAGAUCCAAUUCCUGUUGUCCUGCUCAGAGGCUGAUGAGAACGACAUGAUAAACUUUGAGGAGUUUGCCGACCGCUUCCAGGAGCCAGCUAAAGACAUUGGCUUUAACAUUGCAGUGUUGCUGACCAACCUAUCUGAACAUGUCCCUCAUGACCUCAGGCUGAAGAACUUCCUAGAGCAGGCAGAGAGUGUACUCAACUACUUCCGCCCCUUCCUGGGCCGUAUAGAGAUCAUGGGUGCCAGCAGGAAGAUKGAGCGUAUUUACUUUGAGAUCAGCGAGGUCAACCGCACACAGUGGGAGAUGCCUCAGGUCAGAGAGUCCAAACGACAGUUCAUCUUUGAUGUGGURAKUGAGGGGGSCGAGUCGGAGAAGAUGGAGAUGUUUGUCAACUUCUGCGAGGACACRAUCUUUGAGAUGAACAURGCCUCCCAGAUCUCGGAGCAGGAGGAGGAGYAGYAGGAGGAGGAUGAUGAUGAMCCYGCUGAAGGAGGAYCUGAMGCAGGAGGAGGWGGAGGMGGAGAUGAAGAYGGCAAUGGAGAGGAAGGAGAGCCAGAGACCAUCUCUGCCUUUGCAGACUUCAUCAACAGCUUAUUGAACUUCCUGAGUAUCUUCACAUUCCGUAACCUGCGACGGCAGUACCGCAGGGUAAGGAAGAUGACCAUCAAGCAGAUAGUGGUGGGUCUGGCUACCUUCUUCUGGACUAUCCUCAUCGGCAUCCUGCACUUCAUCUACAGUGUAUGUAAGGGCUUCUUCCUGCUCAUCUGGCAAACUCUAUUUGGCGGAGGCCUGGUGGAGGGAGCAAAGAACAUCACGGUGACAGAGAUCCUGGCCAGUAUGCCUGACCCCACCCAGGAUGAGGUGCAUGGGGACCUGCCAGGGGAGCCUGGGGUUGGGAAGGAGCAGGAGGCAGGAGGGGUGACUGACCAAAUAGACACAGGCGGUGGAGAGGAGGAGGACAAUAAAGACAAGGAAGGUGGGGGGACACCACGCAUCGAUGCUCCUGGUGGACUUGGUGACAUGGGAAUUGAGGCCACUGUUGAGCCUCCUACUCCCGAGGGUACUCCUUUGACCAAGAGGAAACAGCAACCAGAGGAGGGUGCUGCUGCAGCAGCUGAUGGCCAAGCAGCUGAUGGCCAAGCAGCUGAUGGCCUAGCUGCUGAACCGGCUCCUGCUCCUGCCAUAAAGGAGCCCCCUCCAGAGCCUGAGAAGGCAGACACUGAAAAUGGAGAGAAGGCCGAGAAAGAAGCUGAGACCAAAGAGGAGAAGCAGGAGGAAGCGAUAGAAAAGAAACCCAAGUCUAAGAAAGAUAAGAAGCAACACAGGGAGCAAGGGUUCCAACUCUGGACUGAGCUCGACAUCCAAAGAAACAAAUUUUUGAACUACCUCUCUCGGAACUUUUACAAUCUGCGUUUUCUGGCACUGUUCAUUGCAUUUGCCCUGAACUUUAUUCUACUCUUCUACAAGGUGUCGGACAGCCCCCCCGGAGAAGGUGAUGAGGUGGAGGGCUCUGGCAUGUUUGAGGGCUCAGGGUUGGGAGUGCUGUUUGAGGGAAUUGGGCUGUUUGAGGGCUCAGCGGAGGAGAUGGAGGGAUCUGGUGGGGAGGAAGGAGGAGAUGAGGAAGAGGAGGGGGGCCCAGUCUACUUCUUCUUGGAGGAGAGCACUGGCUACAUGCAGCCCACCCUCACCUUCCUGGCUACCCUGCACACCGUCAUCGCCUUCCUCUGCAUCAUCGGUUACAACUGUCUAAAGAUCCCUCUUGUGAUCUUUAAAAGAGAAAAGGAGCUGGCCAGGAAACUGGAGUUUGAUGGUCUUUACAUUACAGAGCAGCCUGAGGAUGAUGACAUCAAAGGCCAAUGGGACAGACUGGUCCUCAACACACUCUCUUUCCCAAGCAACUACUGGGACAAGUUUGUUAAGCGAAAGGUCCUGGAUAAGUAUGGAGACAUUUACGGCAGAGAGAGGAUUGCAGAGCUCCUAGGCAUGGAUUUAGCCUCGUUGGAUGUCAGUCAACAAACUGAUAAGAAGCCGGAGGAACCCGACAAUUCUACGUUGGCCUGGUUUACGUCUAUUGACUUCAAGUACCAGAUCUGGAAAUUUGGAGUUGUGUUCACAGACGGGACUUUUCUCUAUCUGUGUUGGUACACGAUCAUGUCCUUGCUUGGACAUUACAACAACUUCUUCUAUGCCUGUCACUUGCUGGACAUAGCCAUCGGUGUGAAGGAUCUGCGUACUAUCCUGUCCUCUGUCACCCACAAUGGGAAACAACUCAUGAUGACAUUGGGCUUGUUGGCAGUGGUGGUGUAUCUCUACACUGUAGUGGCUUUUAUCUUUUUCCGCAAGUUUUACAACAAGAGUGAAGAUGAGGAUGAGCCGGAUAUGAAAUGUGACGACAUGAUGACUUGCUACCUCUUCCAUAUGUACGUGGGCGUGCGUGCUGGCGGUGGCAUAGGGGACGAGAUCGAGGACCCGGCAGGAGACGUGUACGAGCUCUACCGGGUCGUCUUUGACAUCACCUUCUUCUUCUUUGUCAUUGUCAUCCUGUUGGCCAUCAUCCAGGGUCUGAUCAUUGACGCCUUCGGAGAGCUCAGAGACCAACAGGAGCAGGUUAAGGAAGACAUGGAGACCAAGUGCUUCAUCUGUGGAAUUGGAAGCGACUACUUUGAUACGACGCCGCACGGCUUCGAGACCCACACCCUGGAGGAACACAACUUGGCCAACUACAUGUUCUUCUUAAUGUACCUCAUCAACAAAGAUGACACGGAGCACACUGGCCAGGAGUCGUAUGUGUGGAAGAUGUACCAGGAGCGAGCGUGGGACUUCUUCCCUGCUGGUGACUGUUUCAGAAAGCAAUAUGAGGAUCAGCUUGCAUAACCAUACUGUAACGUACUACUACAAUUAGUAGGUUUAAUAACAUACUGUAACGUACUACUACGAUUAGUAGGUUUAAUAACAUACUAAACUAGACUGAAAUAGCUGUACUAUARUGUACGGACCAGGGUGAAGGCACAUUUAUAGUGCUAGACCAAAAGAGGG